AUGCUUUUCAUUCAAACAGUUGCUACUUCAGUCUUCUCAAUGCCACUUAGUCCUUUUCUUGGCAGUGUAAUUUUUGUUACAUCAUAUGCAAGACCAAUCAAAUUCUGGGAGAAAAAAAACAGCACUGUGAGACUUGACAAUUUGAACACAAGACUACAACAGCAAAUUGAAAAAGAUCCAGGAAAUGAUGACAACAAUUUAAAUUCAAUUUUUUAUGAGCACCUUUCAAGAUCCCUUCAACAUUCUUUGUGUGGAGACCUGAUCUUGGGGCGAUGGGGGAAUUAUUCCGCGGGUGACUGCUUUAUUUUAGUGUCUGAUUAUUUAAAUGCACUAGUACACUUAGUCGAAAUUGGAAAUGGUUUCAUUACUUUCCAGCUUCGUGGGCUUGAGUUUAAAGGAACAUACUGCCAUCAGCGUGAAGUAGAAGCAAUAACUGAAGGGUAUGACAUCAAUCAAGGAUGUUGCUGCUUUCAGCCCGGACAUUUACCACAUAUUCUUUCAUGUAAUUCAGCAUUCAAUCUAAGAUGGCUGACAUGGGAAGUCGUUAGGGGCCAAUACAUACUGGAAGGAUACAAUGUCAUUUAUAGUAAUGCAUCAAGUCUGUUUCAAGUAUUUGAUCUCCGAAAAAUUCUCAUCAGAUAUUAUGUAAAGAGCAUAAUCUACUUUGCAACAAGUUCACCAAAGCUUCUUCAUUGGCUAAGUGAUCAAUCAAUGCAAAAGGCUUUACAAUCAUUCACAAAGUGGGAUCACGUAGAAAAUGACCACACGAUGUUCAAUAUUAACAUAGAUGAAGACUACAUUCCAUGCCUGCAAGGUAUUACAAGAGCCAGCUUUUGCAGCGUUUAUCUGGACUGGAUUCAGUACUGUGCUAAACAAAAGCCAAAGAAAGUGGACUUUGAUGAAGACUCGUUUCUGGUAACUAUUUCAUUUGGACUGUGUAUUCUGGGCAGAAGACUUCUGGCGGCAGCAACACAUCACUUGUCUUUCAGUUUGGAUUCAUUUCUCCAUGGCCUUCAUACCUUAUUUAAAGGACAUUAUCGAAUAUCUAAAGAAGAAGAAUGGGUAUUUGCGGAUAUGGACUUGUUACACACUGUUAUUUCUCCAGCAAUUCGGAUGUCUUUGAAGCUCCACCAAAGUCAGUUUGCUUGUCCUGAAGAAUAUGAAGAUCAUCCUGCACUUUUUGAUGCAAUUAAGGUAUUUGAAGAAAAGGUUGUAAUUUGUGAUGAAAAAGAUCCUGCUUGGAGAGCUGCAAUACUUUCUAACAAAGAAGAGCUUCUGACAUUGAGACAUGUUGUUGAUGAAGGGAAUGAUGACUACAGUGUGAUUAUGCUUCAAAAAAGUUACCUCAGCUUUAAAGUUAUAAAGGUCAACAAGGAAUGUGUUCGAGGACUUUGGGCUGGACAACAACAGGAACUAAUUUUCCUUAGGAACCGUGACCAUGAACGGGGUAGCAUUCAGAAUAACAAGCAUGUGUUAAGAAAUCUAAUCAACUCAUCCUGUGAUCAGCCUCUGGGUUACCCUAUAUAUGUUUCCCCUAUAACUAUUUCUUACCUAGGAAUGCAUGAGCAGCUCAAUACAUUACUGGCUGGACCAGUUGAUGUUGGCCAUAUUACAACAUUGUUUCAAACAAAAUGGCGUGUCAUGAGGAAAGAGAACAACAGAAGUAAUGACAAUGUUGGAAAUGCUGAAGAAUCUGACUGCGAGAGAAGUUUAUCCUCAGUACCCAGCUAUUCGGAAAGCAAUGCAAGUAAAAGUGUAAGAAACUCUCAGAAUGCUUGUAAUGAAAAUCAAGAGGUUAAAUGUUUGGAUUUAAAAAGUCUGCAACCAAUAGGUAAAAGGAAAUUGAAGAGUAAAUCGGCACACACCCAUUCUUCUUUAAACCAGAUUUCUGCUCAUUCCGGGGCAAAGGAAAAACGCCAUGCAUGCUGUGAUGCAACAACUGAUUAUAACAUUACUAAAAGACUAUCUUCAAGUCAACACUGUGUACCAAAUUGCACUCCCUCUCCCUUUUCUCAUGCAAAUAAAAAUAUAAAUGAACAAACCCAAAGAGCUACAACAGUCUGGUUACACUUCAUCCACAAAUUCAACAUUAAGCCUUUUGUUUGGAAAGAAAGGCUUUUCUAGUGCUCUUGUUUUGUCAGGCCUGUCAGCUGCUGAUGGAGACAAUACAGCAGACACUCUAUCUUCUGGUAGUGUAAACAUUGUAGUAUGUCCACUUUCUAAAACUGAAAAACAAACAGAGAGAUUUUAUGAAACUUUUGAAACUGCUGAGAUUGCUGAGGCAAGUCAAAUGUCUGAACAAGAACAUCAAGAUGUUGCUGCCAACACUCCUUCUCUGGAAACAUCAACUGUCAGCCACUAA